AUUUAAUCUUUGAAACUUUUAAGUAAGGGCGGUUAGUUUUUCUGGUUUGGCUGCCUCUUUUGAGCUCAGCUUGCAAUUGCAUAUUGUGCUUUGAGGUUCUAGCUGCCCUGCAUUUCUUUGUUUGGCUGCUCUGUCCUACUGGGUUCUCUGCCUGGUUUGUUUUAUCAUCUUUUAUAGACUUCUAGUGUGUCCUCCGCCUGGUUUGUUCUAUCAACUGUGUAGCAUAGCUUUGAACCUACAAUUUGAUUCAUUUCUGUUUGGUUUAUUUAUUUUUCUCUAAUGCUGCUUUAGCUUUGAACCAGCUAUCACCAUCAACUUUCAUAUUCUUUUCCCAAAAACAAAAGAUGGCAAAUUAUAGAGCAACUGGAGCUGCUCCCUCAUCCAGCAGAAGCAAUGGUCAGCAAUUAGGGGGUUUGAAUAGUCCUAUUAGGGAUGGCAAAGAAGAAAAUACUGUUAUGUCUUACAGUCAACCUGCAAUCGGGUCAUCAAAUUCUGAAGCUGCUUCCUCAUGCAAUGGAAGCAACACUGAGCAGCUAUGGAGAAUGAAGAGAGUUAGUAUAGGCAAAGAAGAUUGCAAUAGCAUUUCUCUCAGUCCACCUGGAAAUGGGUCAUCCAGUUCAACAACUUAUUAUUCUGCAGAAGAAUCUUUCCAAGAGCAGUCUAUCAAAGGCAUUCACAAAAUACAGGCUAAAUUGCAGGUAUUCGAAGCAGACACCCUGCAUUCCAUUAAAAAUCUCACGACAGACAUUCAGGCUUAUCUCUCUGAGAUGAGGAAAGAAAUACAUUCUCUACAGAACACUAUGACGAAUCUUUCGCUGGGUACAGAGGAAACAGAACCUGUGGAGACUUAUAUUCUGCAAUUCAACUUCAGGAGGCGAAACCCUAUUGAGAACAAAGAAGAUAGCAUUGAAGCAGUGAAAGAGCACAUACUUAAAAGAAUACUGGGGUUCGAAGAUUCGCAGCUUCCAAAAAUAAAAAAUGUGCUCCAGUCAGAUUUUACUGAAGUGCUAGUAGUAUUUGCCGAUUCUUUUUCUAAAGAAAUAGUUUUACAGCGGGCAAAUGAACGGAGGCAAACGAUGGCAGGAGCAGAAAUUACUAUAUUUAACUGGACUCGAUGAAAAGACUUGGAACAUCACAAGAACAUGAGAGAAUGCUGGCUUGUCCUCGGAUUAGGGUUAGUUCAUUAAUUCAGUACAUAGGACAAGGGGAUAAUUUAGGUUUGAUCUAAAUCAGGGCAAUUAUUUUGUGAUCAAGCAUCUACCAGCUUGUAUGUGUGAUUCAGUUGGCGAAAAUCGCUUCCGAACAGAAAAUUUAAGUUUGUCCAUGUAAACACUUCGGUAUUUCAAGGAAAUCAGAAACUCCAUGUAGACACUUUGGUAUUUCAAGAAAAUAAAAAACUGCUGCUUGGAAUGAAAACAAAUGCUGCUCCA